GAGAAUUAAUAAAUAUAUCUGGCAAUCCCGGGUACUACAGAGUACCUUAAUUUUAUUACAGAGUAUCUACUUUUGUCAUUUGGAACUGGCCACUUCCGUUUGUUUGUUUUAUUUUUUUCUUUCAAAUAAUUUUUCUUAGUCUUCUUUUUGUGGGUAUAUUUUAAUUCAAUUUAAACGCAAUGUAAAUUGUAUUACAAUGGAAUUAUCAUCUGAAAUCUUUAUAAAAGAAGAGCAAGAGUUUUUCAGUGAUCAUGACGACUCAUUAGAUUUGAAAUUCGAAAUACUUACUGAUGUAAAAAUCGAAGAAAUUCAAAUUUUAAAUAACGAAGAACGAAACGAGCACUGCGAUGAGGACUCCAACGGGGUUGUGAGCUAUCAGGAGCUAAGGAAUACAUCAGAUCAGUUGUGUUCAAUAUGCUACAGAGUGUUACCGUGCAGGUAUUCAUUAUUCAUACACAAUUUGUCUCAUUUAUGUGUCGACAUAGAAUAUUGUAAGAUACAAAAAUACAGAUGCAACGACUGUUCCGUAUUGUAUUACUCUGAACACGAACAGAAACGUCACAUGUGCGUUGAGAAACAGAAAAAUUUAUUACAAGUGCGUAAACAAGAUGUUAUAUCUGAAAAUGGUGUGACAACAGACGUAUUGUACUCUCCAAACUGUGGUAUACCAAAGACGAAAGCUUUACACAAAUGUGAGACUUGCAAUAAGAUAUUUACAUACAAACGAUGGCACGAACACGUCACUAAUGUACACGGAGAGUGUAUAACGACAGGAGUUGUCGAAGAGAAAGUCAAGUGUGCGAUAUGUGAUAAGUUAUUUAAGAAGGGAUAUAUUAAAAAACAUAUGCAGCAUAUCCACGAAGGGAAGAAGCCAAAAUGGAGGUUUCAUAAACAGCAGGAGGUGGAUACAGAAUAUGUUUGCUCACUGUGCCCAGCGAAGUUUUUAAAUAGUAGUGCGUAUAAAACUCAUUUGAGGAACUGUCACACGGGUGGAAUCGUAGAAUGCAGCAUAUGCAAGUCUCAAAUGAAAAAAUAUAAUUUGGCACACCAUAUGCAACGUAAGCAUUGCAAAGAUGGGAAGAUACACAGGUGUGAAUAUUGCUCAAAGCUGUACAAGGCACUGUAUUACCUUAAGGUUCAUAUGAAAACUUGUCGUUAUAAGAGAACGUGAUAUUUAGAUUUUUUAGGCAAUUCUUUAAAUAUUUUUUUUAUACAACUUAUAAUGGCAAACAAGCUGACGGCCCACCUAAUGGAAAGUGGUAUCCGUCGCCUAUAAACUUGAGCAGUACCAUGGACAUAACAGAGUAUACUGUUUCGCCCAUGAUAACCCCCAUGCGUUGCUAUUCCUGAGGACUCGGGUGUUAUUCCUCCGUACCCAGUAAAUUCACGCAAUAUCCCACCCUUCAAACCGAAACACAGCCUUGCAAACGCAACUGCUUCACGGUUGAAACACGAAUGGGACAGAGGUACCCAAGCAAUCGACUUUUGUACAGUCUCCCUCUGGAAAAUCAGCAUUGUACAUUGAACAUAGGCAUCGCUCUAUUGAAGAGUCUUGCCAGUAGUUCUGCUUGGCAAACCUUUGAUCAUGUUUAAAGAGGGAUGCUGCUACCCAUCCUUUGACUAUUAUGUCCAUUCGUAACAGAUAAUAAUAUAUAAUAUAUGUCCGUAAAAGGUCUUAUCCAAACUAGACUGGAACUACAUCUCAGACGGUUGGGAUUCCGAGGCGGCUCACUCCCGGGAAAGAUGCAGAAAGCGGUGCUCUUAGAUUCUGCCCGCAUUGUACGCCGGAUUCUCUCCCUGGGGCCCUGAACCCGGCCGACUGUGCCGGGGGUUAGUUGCCAUCUCCUCUCUUUAAGAGGGGAGAUGAGAAUUUUCUAGAAAUUAAAAAAAUAAUAAUAUACUUUAUUACUCAGACUACAAUUUGGUCCAUUUUGUUAGUAACAAUUUUGUUACAAACUAUGUUAGUAAAAAAAGAAAAGCAAAUUGGUUUCAUUAAGCAGUUCACCCAGAUGUCCCGCUUAAAAUGUGAAUUUACAGGGUACAGAGGAAUAACACCUGAGUCCUCAGGAAUGACAACGCAAAAGGGGGGUAUCAUGGGCGAAACAGUAUACUCUGUUAUGUCCACGGUACUGCUCAUGUUUAUAGGCGAUGGUUACCACUUUCCAUCAGGUGGGCCGUCAGCUUGUUUGCCAUUCUAAGUUGUAUAAACAAAAAAAAUGUGUUUGAGUAAUUACUGAAAUUGUAAUAUUUCUUUUUUUUUAAAUUUGUUAUUUUGAAUUACAAAAUAAGAAUAAAUGUCCAGGUAUAGACUGUCCACGUUAUCAUGGCACGCUUCUCCAGCUGUUCACUUCACCGUGUGUGCCCCUAUACAGUCGUGGUGCUCUCGUGGUCCCGAGGAGACGUCUUCAGCGGUGCUUCGGCCAGAGGAGUGUUAUACUCCCUGGUCGAAACUUUGGAAAUAUUUUUACUCACACAUUUUCAACUCUUUGGGUUUUGGAGGGGCAUGUCUCAUAUUGUCAUGGACAACCUAUAGCACCGGCGUUCUCGCGGGUCCAACAAAAGCCUCUACGUAUUCGUGGUGAGGACCUGCGUCCUAUCAGAGUUUGCAAGCAGCAAUCUCCAUUCUGUUAUAAUCCAGAGGCAGAAGUUUACUUUUGUUGUUAAAUUUCGUAAGAUUUUAAUGUAAUAACUAAUUAAUCGACGUGUAAUUUGGUCGAAAAAGCUCGACUAGUUUCGGAACCAUUCGGGACCCGUAGUCUUAAGCGGCUGUGAUGCGAGCCCGGUUUUGAUUAUGUGCUUCGAUCUGCUGAGCGAGUUUUGUUUGCUGUACUGUUAGAGAUAAGAAAGAAUGGCGUUCGGAGAUCUUCGGGUUUGCUGGGUGAUCUUGCUUUACGCUUGUUGUAUUGGUAAUACAUCGUAUUCAUAGCGUCGCUAUGAUCACGAUGUAUUAUCGAGUUGCUUUCAACUGCUGAGUUACUUUAACAAUGACCACGGAGGAAAGGUAGAAAAACGGUGCCCAAGAACUUGGAAGUGCCCAUUCUUGAUCUCUAUUAAAAUUUGGGCGUCGACUUAUUUCAAUAGCCUCUUAUGAAACCCAGUAUUUGUCACGUCGAAGUGCGUAGUCAGGCUCGCGCUCGCGUCAGUUGCUAUAGACUAAGGGCUAAGGUUCCGGAAUGGUUCCGAAACUAGUCGAGCUUCCUCGAACAAAUUACACGUAAGUUAAUUACGUUAUAACAUUAGAGGUGUACUUGUUGAAUGUUAAAAAUAUAGUUAUUUAUAAAAUGUU